UGAACACGAACAUCCCUUGUUCUGCCCAUGUAGGCGUUUGGAGCGACAUCUGGCGAAUUGUAAGCCAAAACACCCCUUGAUCAAACCUUCCAUUCAAAACAAUGCCACGUUUUUGUAAUCACGCAACUAAAGGACCAAUAUCAGACUCCAAAAGUCCGUUUGACUGAAUCCAUGUAAACAAACGAAACUUUAUAUAUAUAUACUCUGUAGAAUCUAAGUGUGUUCUUUCUUGCUGUUUCCCCAUCAAUCUCGCCCAAAUCUAGCAUCAUGUCCAUCCACCGUCUGACCCGGAGUGGGCGAGGCCUCUCUCAAGCUUGGCUCGCUCAUCAUCAUCAUCAUCCACGGUCUCAUCUGUCCACUUCGACAGUGUGGCAUCAGAAGUCCGUGGAUCAAGACACAUUGACCCACAAAGGCACGGAGCAUAUAUCCUUUGACCCGAAGUUCAUUCGCCAGGAGCCCGCGGACGAACGCACCCAUUUCCAAGACUAUCUCGAAACAUUUGGCGAGCUCCGAUUUGGUCGACCCCAGGAGGCAGCUCCGGACCGCGAUUAUGUCAUCUCGGAGGACCCCCAGGAAUGGCAAUUCGUCAACCGACUCUUCCCCAUGAGCACGGUGCCCGAGGUGCCGGAUUUGCCCGAAUAUCCAUCAGGCUUUGUAAAGCCCACGGCACAACCCGGCGAUUAUCGGUACCACGUUUAUCGAACGGUCAAGCACAUGCUUCCCGUUUACAUACAUCACAACAUAAAGAGCCAAGUCAUGCGCACCAAGGUGGCCCGUGUGGAUGGGGAUUUGUUUGCUCUUCGGGAUGAUUUAAAGAAGUUUCUCUUCGAGCGAUAUCAAAUGGACUUCAUAUCUCAAGUGGGCGAAGUCUACGGCAAGGUCAUCUUUCGAGGGGAUUUUGAACAAGAUUUCAAGGAGUUCCUCAUCGCCAAAGGCUUUUAGAUCUCUCCCAUGGUUAACUUUUGUUUGUGCAAGUAAAUAAUUGAAUGAACAACGGUGACUUUCUGAUUGA